AUGAAGAAGCCGCGCGGAUCGGAUCGCACUGAGGGCCAGGUCUUUCUCUUCGUCAACAAGAAUCCCAAGUCCAAGUCUCUUUCGAAAAGCGAUGGCGCGGUCGCCAAACAGAUAAAUCGCCACGCCCAACAUUUCCGGAGCCGCAAGGUCGAAGCUCAGAAAAUCACCUCUGCUCGCUCCAAUUGUUCUUCGGCCCGCCGCAUCGCUCUGGAUGGGUGGCACCGGAAAGAGACCGGCCAAGGCUCAAGCAGUGAUGAAUCCUCUCCGGUGUCAUCGCCCAACGAGGAGCUGGCAGCGGGAUCACCUUCGCAGGAUUCCACGCCAGCCCGUCAGAUCUUUUCACCCUGGAUCGACACGGCAUCUGUGCAAUUGCCUCCGAUCGCACAAACACGGCCUCGCAAGCCGCUCUCGGUGCAUGUCCUAGCCGGCGGCAGCGAUCCAGAUCUUGACGAUGACGAACCUCGGUUUGAAGAUGAAGGAGCCCUCGAGCUGUCAUCACCUGUCUACAGGGCGAAUUUCACCUCCUAUGAUUGCAUUGAUCCUUUCAGGAGUACUCCAGUCCGGAUUACCCCUAGAAUCCACGUCGUCCUGCAGCACACCCUGCAAAUUUACGCCUACGCAGGCAACAACUACAAGUUGGCUUUUCUGCCCAAGCAUGUGCGGUCCACCAUCAGUCAAUUUCCCAUUGGCACGGUUGUCCAGCGGAGCGUCUACAAGGAGCAUCACCUUUAUUCAUUGAUGGCAGCCAUGCUUGCCCGGAUGAAGCAUGUCUUCGAUAUGUCACCCACUGCCGACGAUCCUCAAGCGAUUAGAGCGAAAGCCUCUCACUACCUCCGGAAGGAAUUGGUUCGUUGCUCCCGCUCAGGAGACGUCGAUAAACAAACCAUACUGGACAUCCUCUUUCUGUGCGUCAACGAAAUCCAGUAUGGCCGGUAUGACGAUGUCAGAAAACACCUCCAGAUUGUUGGGAAGCUGUUGCAUCUGCUGGAUCCCAGCCAGCUUCUUGACCGGUGGAUCUCGGAGACGGCUGCUCACGUGGAUAAUCAACUUUCUCUGUCCACAGCCGGACGUCCCGUCUUACCGUUCACAUUUGACCCCGGUCCAAUGCUUCCUGAACGAAUGGCAAUCCUUCGGAGAGAGGCCUUGAAUCUGGAGUAUUUUGGCUAUCCCAACCCGACUUCACUGAUUGUAGCCCGUGGUCCCAAAGGCUCCAUGGGCAUCACCGACGCCAUUGCCGAUCUUGCCGCCACGCUCGAUAUACGAAUGGGGUCUCAAUUUGUCCAGGCCUUAAAAAUGGGUGCUUUCCCGUGGGACCUUGGUCGCAUCGUGUCAGACUUGGUUGACUGCAUCGAGAUAGCAAAGGUGGUGUGGCUAUCUCCCCUGGCGGUAUGUUUCGAUGCGGAAUGGUUGUGCCGGAAAGCCAGAGCUGUACUUCGUGCGCUUCUCGCCAUUGCCCCGGACCGCAACAUUGGAGCCAUGGACCUGAUGUGCAAGUGCACUGAAUGUGUCAGACUGUCUCUGAUGAUCCUGAUGACUCACGCCUGUACCUUGAUCGGCUUCCAAACAGCCAAGGCCAACGUGCAGCGGCUCCAAGGGGCAAUGCAGUACGCCCUGAAAUUUUGGUGUCCUGCCAUAGGUUGGACGGAAGAAUGUACUCCACUGGACCCUAAUGCUCGUCUCGACCCUUUUUGUGAGCUACAAGCCAGAUUUGUCCUGUGGUCGCUGCUCACUGGAUGCUGGUCGGCCGAGGGUCAGCCAGAGGAGGGAUUCUUCGCGCUUCGAGCGCUGCAUAUUUGCCGCUAUUUCGGCUACACCACUUAUGACGAUCUACACAACCAUAUGGCGGGAUUUCUUUAUUCCAAGAGUCUGCAGGAACGCAGUCUGAGGAACGCAGCUGCUCGGCUGCAGAAGCCGCCCGCGGAGCCCAUCUGA